AACGGCCCCUCCUCCUCUAGCGCACGCUGUUGGGCUCUCAGCUGCGAGGGGCUCACACGAGCAGACUUCUCUUCUCGUACUGGUCGAGCUUCACGCGUGAUCAGCAUCUCCGCCUCGGGGACUUUGUGGUGGACGAUUCGCGAUGGACUGACGGUCCACUAGUGGGCCAGGUGUGGAUACUCUGCGUGAGAAGACUACUUUCCCCCCCCCCCCCCUUUGACCUCUUGUUGCGAGGCACCUUUCUGAGGGCUAGACUCCCCCACCAUGGAAGAGGAAGACGGGCAUCUGGAGAACGCCGUCCACGCCGUUAAGGAGUCGGACCGACAGCAGCGUCUCAGACUGUGUGUCCUCAACGAAAUGUUAAACACAGAGCGGGAUUACGUGCGGACUUUACUCUUCCUCCAGUCGGCAUUUUUGCAACGAAUCAGACAAACUGCAGAUGACCAACAGUGUCUUUCACCUGAACACGUCAAGAUUCUUUUUUCCAACAUUGAGGACAUCCUGGAAUUGCACAAAGAGGUGUUGUCCUCUGUGGAGGCCAUCCUGCAGCCUGAACCUCAGCCUCAUCAUGCCCUGGGGCAUGUGUUUCUCCAGUUUAGGGAAAGUUUCUCAGUGUACGGGGAGUACUGCAGUAAUCAUGAGAAGGCUCUGCGGCUUCUGAUGGAGCUUAACAAGAUACCCCACAUCAGGACCUUCCUCCUGCACUGUAUGCUACUGGGAGGGAAGAAGAGCACAGAUAUUCCCUUAGAAGGCUAUCUUCUCACUCCCAUCCAGAGGAUCUGCAAGUACCCUCUGCUACUGAAGGAGUUACUGAAGAGGACCCCUAAGAAGCAUACUGACUAUCCUGCUGUUGAGGAGGCUCUGCAGGCCAUGAAGGCUGUCUGCUCCAACAUCAAUGAGACUAAGCGGCAGAUGGAGAAACUGGAAGCCUUGGAACAGCUGCAGUCUCACAUUGAAGGCUGGGAGGGGACUAACUUAACGGAUAUCUGCACAGAGUUGCUGCUUCAUGGUAAUCUCCUCAAGAUCUCUGCGGGCAAUAUUCAAGAGCGAGUCUUCUUCCUGUUUGAUAAUCUUUUGGUCUACUGUAAGAGGAAGUCCAGGGUUUCUGGAAAAAAGUCCACCAAGAGGACCAAGUCUAUUAGCGGUCCUCUCUAUGUGUUCAGGGGAAGAAUCAACACAGAGGUGAUGGAGGUGGAAAACGUGGAGGAUGGAACAGCGGAUUAUCACAGCAACAAUUACACAGUGACCAAUGGCUGGAAGAUCCACAACACUGCUAAAAACAAGUGGUUUGUCUGCAUGGCCAAAACAGCGGAGGACAAGCAGAAAUGGCUAGAUGCUAUUUUGAGGGAGCGGGAGCAGAGAGAGAGUCUCAAACUUGGAAUGGAGCGGGACGCCUAUGUGAUGAUCGCGGAGAAAGGAGAGAAGCUCUAUCACAUGAUGAUGACCAAGAGCCGACACCUCAUUAAGGACAGACGCAGAAAGCUCAGUAUUGUGCCCAAGUGCUUCAUGGGAAAUGAGUUUGUUUCGUGGCUGAUCGAGAACGCAGAGAUCAGUAAACCUGACGAAGGGGUCAACUUAGGACAAGCCUUGUUGGAAAAUGGCAUCAUUCACCAUGUGUCAGACAAGCAUCAGUUCAAAAAUGAGCAGGUGUUGUACCGUUUCCGCUAUGAUGACGGCACCUACAAGGCCCGCAGCGAGAUGGAGGAUAUCAUGUCUAAGGGCGUCAGGCUGUACUGCCGCCUUCACAGCCUUCACACGCCCGUCAUCAAGGACCGAGACCAUCAUUUGAAAACAUUUAAAUCAGUAGUGCCUGCUUGCAAACUUGUGGACUGGCUUCUCUCACAGGGAGACUGCUCGACACGAGAGGAUGCAGUGACGCUGGGCGUGGGUCUCUGCAACAACGGGUUCUUGCAUCACGUUUUGGAGAAAAGCGAGUUCAAAGACGAGUCUCAGUUCUUCCGCUUCUACGCAGAUGAAGAGACAGAAGGAACCAGCUCAAAGAGCAAGCAGCUCCAGCGGAAUGACUUCAAACUCAUCGAGAACAUCUUGGUCAAAUCUCUGGUGAUUCACCCCGAGGAGGAGGAUUACGGCUUCGAGAUUGAAGAGAAAAACAAGGCCAUUGUGGUGAAGUCUGUCACCAGAGGCUCACACGCUGAGAUGGCGGGUUUGCAGGUGGGCAGAAAGAUCCACACCAUCAAUGAGGACCUGUUGUUCCUCAGGCCUUUCUCUGAGGUGGAAGCCCUGAUCAACCAGGCCUUCUGCAUACGACGCUCCCUGCGGCUGCUCGUCACCACCAAGGCCAAGGAGAUUGUGAAGGUCCCUGACAAUCCCGAUAGCCUUUCUUUUCGACUGUGUGGUUCUGCGCCGCCUCAUGUCCACGCUGUAAGGAAAGGCUGGGAGGCGGCAGGAGCGGGACUUCAGCCCGGUCAAGUCAUCCUGAAAGUCAAUGGCAACAAUGUCAACCGUAGCGACUACCAAGAGGUCCUGGAGCACUUUAGCGCGCAGCAGACAAACAUCGAGCUUCCCCAUCUGUGGGUAUACCGUGCUUUCGAGGAUGUUGAAGAACUUCAAAGCCUGCGAGCUUCAGCUGAUAAGGAAGACAGCCCGUUCAGGCCUUACCCAGUUGAAAAUGGUUCUGACCACAAAGAGGAAAAUGGCACUAAUGGAACAGAUUAUAGACUUGGAAGCCUUUCUCUCUCAGAUGACACGCCGCUGGUCAACUUGACCGUGGAUAAUGUCCACCUGGAGCACGGGGUGCUCUAUGAAUAUGUCAGCACUGCUGGGAUCAAGAGCCAUGUCCUAGAGAAGAUAAUGGAGCCUAAAGGCUGCUUUAGCCUCACUGCUAAGAUUCUUGAGGCAUUCUCCAGUGAUGACAGGCUGUUUGUUAGUAACUGCAGCCAGCUCAUCUCCCAGAAUGACAGAGUGGUCACUAUGCCACAGUAUGAGUUCAGGAACAUCUGUGACACCAAACUGGAGAGCAUACGAUGGCGCAUCAAUAGCUACCAGCAGUUUUCCUCGGAACUUCAAAAUAUGGCCUGGCCCACCAUUAGGCAAGCUAGCAUGCGAAGCCACCCGCUGAGCUGCAUGGACUUUGUUCCUACCAACUUCCACAUCAACCUGAUGCAGGUUUCCUACCCCAAGAGUGCCUCAGCUGGCAGGACCUUCAGUAUCCGCUUUGGAAGGAAGAACUCUUUGUUUGGGCUCGACCCAGAUCAAGCUCAACUGAACCCCAUGUCACACACCCAGCAUUGUGUGACCAGCAUGGGAGCUCCUUCUUGGAACUCUUCAGGCCUGGACGGCGAAGACUGUGAGGAAUCCAUGAAUGGAGGCGAAGGUUUGAUGGACAGUAGAGGUCAUGGCGAAGGCGGCUUGAGUUUUCUGCUCAAGCAAGAGGACACAGAGACGCAGGACGCCUACCUUCAUUUGUACAGCCGCCUGGAUGUUGCUGUUCGAGAAAUGAAGCAAUAUGUGGCUCAGAUAGAUGUUCUUUUGUCAUCCAUCACCGAGCCCACACAGAACCAGACAAGUGGGAGGGAGGCUCCCGUCUAUGAGACAGGCCAGCCUCCCCCUUUGGGUCCCUGUGAAGACUGCUGCGACCAGGACAAGGUGGAGCAAGGUGGCAUUAAAAGGGUUUGCUUCAAGGUGAACGAGGAGGACCAGGAGGACUCGGGUCACGACACAAUGAGCUACAGAGAUUCCUACAGCGAAUGCAACAGCAACCGAGAUUCCGUCCUAUCAUACACGAGCGUGAGGAGUAACAGCUCUUACCUGGGGAGUGAUGAAAUGGGAUCAGGGGAUGAGCUGCCAUGUGACAUGAGGAUCCCCUCAGACAAGCAGGACAAGCUGCAUGGCUGUCUUGAGCACCUUUUCAACCAGGUUGACUCCAUCAACUGCCUCCUCAAAGGAAGUGUCAUGACCAAGGCCUGUGAGGAAACCAAGCACUUUUACUCUGACCACAGCCAACCAGAGUUUCGCCAGACGGAAGACUGGACAGUUCGUUGUCGUUACGUCAUCCACAAGAACAUCCAGGAGGACCCUUGGAACCUUCCCAACUCGAUUAAAACUCUGGUGGAGAGCCUGCAAAGAUUUGUGGAUGAUGGAAAGAACCAACUUCUCCUGGCUCUACUUAAAUGCACAGACACCUCUCUUCAACUUCGACGAGAUGUCAUCUUUUGCCAGGCAGCUACGGCUGCUGUGUGCACGCUGGCCGAGCAGCUGUUGGCUGCAUUAAGAUGCCGCUUCAACAACGCCGGCGAGUACCAGGAGGACAGCAAAGAGACUAGUCGCAAAUGGCUGGAGCAAAUAUCUGCCAUCGGUGUGCUGCUGCACUUGCAGUCGACGCUCGCGCCACAUGUGAAAGAAGAGCGGACCAUGCUCGAAGACACCAAGGCGGCUCUGUCAGACUUGGACAAAGUCACAGUGUUCUUCAGGCAACUGGAGGAUGAAUGUCUAGUUGCAAACUCACCCGUGUGCUACCAGGUGGAGGGCAGCCGACAGGCCUUGAAGGUGACACUCUACCUGGAUAGCUGGCACUUCAGCGAGCUGCCCAGUCGGCUACAAAAUGGUGGCAACCUCAAACUCCACACCGUUCUGUUCACUAGAGCACUGGAGCGGCCAGAGGGGUUGUCCCAGCAAGAGUACAUCCCCAUGGAAGAGUUCCAGCAGCGCACCAAUGCUGUCUCCUUGGAGAAGGUCAAGGUCUACUACCGCAAACUCAGGGCCUUCUAUUUGGAGAAGUCAAAUCUCCCCACAGACUCAAACACUACAGCUAUGAAGAUUGAUCAGAUACUGGGCCUUGAAGUUAGAGAUCUUCGACCGAGCAUUGCAAAACUACUACGACCGCUCAACACGUUGGAAGACCUUUGUCGACUCAUGCAGUCAUACGUGAACGUGCGGCCCAAUGCCCACGGCCAUCCUUCUGGUGUCAGCGUGCUGUGUGUGUCCUCCGAGUUGUGCAACCGCCUUGGAGCCUGCCACAUCACUAUGUGCGCUACAGGCAUGCAGAGAAGUACCCUAAGUGUGACACUGGAACAGGCAAUGAUCCUCGCAAGGAACCACGGCCUCAUGCCCCGAUGCAUCAUGCAGACUAUGGACAUAAUGCGCAAGCAGGGGGCAAGAGUUGAGCUCUCUGCUAAAAAUCUCAAGGUGAUGGACCAGAUGCCACCUUCAGCACCAAGACUCUUCAAGCUAUGUUUGCCGCCCUCAGAUGGAGAACUCUAAGAAUACGAAAGAACUCUGAGAGAAGCCGCACUUGUGGACGAUGCCGGCAAGAAAUGAAAACAUGCCUUGCCACUUUUCUGCCAAAAGGACACAACUUAUGGAAAGAACCUCUUUUCUGACAGUGCAUUGUUCUCAUAGGAUUCCAACAUAAAUCUUAACUUGACUGAAGAUAUUGAUGGUAUCUGGUUUCACCGUUCAAGACCAAUGCAACCUGGAUUUCCAAACCUUAUCCUGGAGAGUUCUAUUGGCAAGAGGCCCCAUAUCUGCUUGAGUUGUCUGUCUACACAGAUCUCACAGUACCUGGGUCAACCAAACUAGCUGUAGCUACCAUCCAGAUCCAGAAGGUUGUCUAUUUUUGCCUCAGACUGCAACUCCAGAAGGCUUUCUCUGCUAUAAUAAAGUUGGUGUUCGAUUGGGUUUAAUGUUUGAAGCCCGACUGAACAGUAUGUAUGAUUGCUGGCUGGGUAGUAGCAGACGUUCAUGGCAGAAGGAUGGAAAGUAGGGAUCAACCCAGUGCAUGUGGUUACCGUGCAAUUACUGUAGGUUUUGUGUGAGUACUGUAUCGCGGCACUAUAUGAAGGAUAGUUAUUUAUUGUGUCCGAAAGGAGCGUUGUUAUUGUUUUUAAAUCCCUUAUGUGUAUCAUAGCAGGUUUUGAGAGAAUCUACUAGCAUUCCAACUGGCAUAUUGAACAGUAUUUCAAGGACCAAUGAUCUGCCAUCACUGCUUGUUUCUUGUGACCUAUUUAUAUGGGAUUUUGACAGGAGGUCUAACAUUCAUAUUCAGGGAUUAUAAUAGAGGGACAUUCCCCAGAAUCCAGACAAACAAAACAAUAAGCAGUUAGGGAUAUUUAACCAUUGGUAAAUUAUUAAUAUAUUCAUUGAAAUGUACUACCUGAAGGAUUACCUUCUGAUACUGAGUCGUUGUUGUUUUUAACUUUUUAAAUGGUCAUAAGACUGUAGGUAAUAAAA